UUUUGUUUUCCAAAGAAAAUUUUUGCUGUGUAGAGGUGCUGUAAUUCCUAUAUAUAUAACCUUCUGGUAGCUAAGUUUAUUAAAACAGCAAACUAAACUACAGUAACUGAAAAUAAAGAAUACAUAUAUAAUUGAAAAGAGCAAAAGUAGAGUACUACUAGUGGCCGGGAUGAAGGAUAUGGGGAAUAUUAAGUUAUGGUUGUGGGUGUUUUUUCUGAUGAUAAUUGUGGCGAAUGGUUGUUUGGAUGAAGAGAGAAGUGCUCUUUUGGAGCUGCAGGCAGACAUGAUGAGUUCAAAUGGCGGAACCUUAUACGUUUGGGCUGGCUAUAAUGAGAGCGGUUUUGUAGAUUAUUGUUCUUGGCCUGGGGUAAAAUGCAGCUUAGCAACAGGUCGAGUGAUCAAACUCGAUCUCAUACAAGCAACGUAUGGAUCUAUGGACGGUUGGAAUUUUAAUGCUUCUCUAUUUCUUCCAUUCAAAUCGCUGCAAGUUCUUCAUUUGUCUGCAUAUAGUAUUACAGGGGGGACAAAAAUCGAAGGAAUUGACAAGUUGUCGCAUUUGACUAACCUGAAAGUGCUGGAUUUGCAGUAUAAUCUCGUCCAUCCAAAUGUUUUAUCAUCUUUGUGUUGGAUUUCUUCUCUUGAGGUUCUAAAACUAAGUGGUUUCACUUGGUGGAAAAAUUACAAUGUACAUAUAGGCGAAGGUAGUGCGAAAUGUCCAGGCUUGAGCAACUUAAGGGUGCUCUUGUUGGAAGGUUAUAGAAUCAAUGAUAUCAGUAUUCUUUCUGCGUUGGGCCUUGGUACACAUAUUGGACUGAAGAAAUUAGAGAAACUCUAUCUGAGUGAUAAUAGCUUCAAUUCCAGCAUCUUUUCAUCUCUGAAGGAUCUUCCAUCUCUCACGCAUCUGGAUCUCUCGUACAAUGAAAUAGAUGGAAAAAUUGAAAUGAGUGAUAUAGUUGCUCUGAGCAAUUUGAAAUUUAUGAAUCUCCAAGGUAACAAAUUUGAGAGCUUUGUGACUACCAAAGAUACACCAAUGUGAGACUUGAGAUGUGUACCUGGAAACAAACUGAAAAUGCCAAAGAGAAGAGG